AUGUAUUUGUCAUGUGAAAAUAAUUUUUUUUUUUUUUGUUAUUCAUUUAUUUCAGAUUCGGGUCAAAAUCGAGUUGAAAGUGGCCCUCACUCGUGGUCGAUACAACUUGAUCAAGAUCUAUUAGACACCAUCAUCGCAAUAUAUCCAGAGUGGUUCAAAGAGUACAAUCAAAAACGUAGUGCAAUGUCAGAAGGUUCCGGAGGUGGUUCCAGUGUAUCCCAAAGUUUGCCUUCUGCUAGCGUAUCGUCCGGGUCCCUCGUUGCCGAAGUGGAUGAAUCUCCGCUUCAAAAAACAAUGGACAAAAAUAAGGAAUGCGACCAAUUUAUGCUUAAUCUACCGUAG